GGUACCACCAUGUUUAAUCUAUACCAAACAAUGAACAAACAUAAUGAGGAGAAAGAUAAAAAAGAACCGGAUGUAAUUGGACAUGAUCGAUUUUGUCAAGAGCGUCCAUCACGCUCCAGUUAUCGUAAAAAGAAACGUGUUACAAGGCGUGCACAAUCCGCAGCAGAACUAAAUCAAGCUGCUGUUGCAACAGCAAAUAAACGUACAGCAUUUAAAACACGCUCUGCAAGUACGGAAAAUGAAGACAGUGAGGAACAGAAUGAACGUACACCGUUAGUUGCACAUUCGUUAGCACGAUUAUUAUUUAGUCGUUCGUUAGGGUCCAGUAAAAAUUCUCCAACACAAGAAUCAAAUACAAAUACUAAGCAUGGUGGACGAUAUCAAUAUACCGCAUUAGAAGUGGAAAACAGCUCGCAAGGAGAACGUGUUGAACUAGAACGUAAAGCACGCGAACAUGCAUUAAAAAUAUGUCAACAAUAUUUAAUAACAAAUCCACGAUACGAAUUAAUACAUCAUUUAAAUGAUAUUGGCUCACGUGUUGAUAAGCAAUGGUUUGUGGUCAAAGAUUCCUCGGUGAAAACGGAACGUUUAUUAACGCUCGUACCAAAAGGACAAUGUUGUCCAAUUGAUUGUAAUCAAGAUACACGUGAAAUUAUUUUAGAAUUAUUUCGGACAUUACAGCAUCCGUAUAUUUAUCCGGUACUAGAUUUGGAGUUUACUGAAACGGCGGAUGAUAUUUAUGCGGUUUUGGUAAUGCCAUUUAAUAGUAAAGGCAGUCUAAAGGAUUUAAUUUAUCGUAGUUCUUGGCAAAAUGAUUGGACACUAAAAUAUGGUGAACGAGGUGAUGGUCUCCCAUUAUCACAAGUACAACGACUCGGCCGUCAAAUUUUGGAAGCCCUACUAUUUUUAAAGGAUCGAGGAUUUCCACCAUACGGUCAUCUACAUUCUGGCAAUAUAAUUUUACAAAAUGGUGUAGCACGAUUAGCUGGUUUAGAAAAUACUUUAUUAGGUUUUACGUCCCGAAUACAUCCUGUUGUUUGGACACGAGCUCGAGUAGUUCCUGCAGCAGUUGAUACAAUAUGUUUUGGUCAUGUGUUAUUUGAAAUGACAGCUGGAUAUGAGCUUACAAUACCUCAACCAACACAAGGGCAUUUACAGUUAGAUUUAGAACGGUAUCCACAAGUUGUCGAAGUACUGGAGCUGAUAUUUCAACAUCCCGAUGGACGAUAUCCAACAAUUGAGGAACUCUUAUUGUGUGAUUUAUUUCGUAAUAUUGAUUUACGAGAAAUGCGUGGUUCAAGUGUACCAGUAUUCCAUCAUCGGUUAGCAUCACCAACAAAAGCUCUAUUGGCAGAGAUUAAGCGUGCGCAAUUUGGUACUCGACCUAGGCGAACAUUAUCAGCAUCUACCAGUGAUUGUUCAACACCACCACCAAGAGAACGAAGAGAAGAAACAGCAUCCUCAUCUGAAAUGGACACUCAAACAACAUCAGGAACAAAUAAUACAAACACAACAGCAUCAGCAACAAUCAAUAGUGAACAAACAAUACAACAAAAUACCGAUGAUGAAAUAUUAACCGUUAACGAUUCACGAUUAAAUCAAAAAACUUUUGCAGAUGAUAUUGACUCAAUAUUUACAACAGCACCAGAAAAACAUCGAAAUUUAUUAUUACAUACAAACAUGUACCAUGACGAAUGUUGUAGUAUUACGUCAUCGGAUACACAAUGUUUAAUUCGGUAGCCAUCAUUUUAAAAAAAAUGUCAUCGUUUCAGUUUUAGGCAUUUCCUUCAUUGAUGCAACUCGACUGUAUUCCGACUUAAAAAAAGGGUAGCAUAAAUAUUGGACGAGACUUCAAAAUGGGACACACUUAAUUGGACUGAAUCUCUUCAACUGAUGCGACUGCAACUUUUGUUAAACUCGAUUCAAUAGAUAAAGAAAACCAACGAAAUUUUCGUACAACCUUUGAACAAGUUGGGUUGCAAUUGGAUUAAAUCAAUGGACAAAAGGCCUAUUUCUGGUAUUUUCAUUAAAAUAAUAAUGUGCCAAAAAAUAUUGAUAUUUUCUAUACAAAUUAAAUGUCGUUUAUAUAACUUAAGCCUCUAACCCCCACCCAAGACCACAUUUUUAGUUAACGAGUGAACUGAUACAAAAAAAGCUCGACUUUGAAUGUCAAUUAAAUAAAAUUAAGUGUGAUUAGAAACGUUGUUGGAUCAAGAGUUUUUGUGUGAAAACCGCUUAUUUUUUUUGUUAUGAUGAAACGCUAUGUACAAAUUUUUCAUAAUUACUUGCUUUAGGUUUAUAAUUGUUGUGCUUAAAUGCAAAAGAAAAAUAAUCUUGACAUGGUGACUAUGCGAUUUUCAUAUUUUUUCAGCGAAAAUAACUAUAUCAGGGAUGGUGAUAGGAUGCGAAACAAUAUUUUGGGCACGCCACCGAUCACAAAGUUCUCCAUAUUAGUAAAAAUGACAAUAACAAAGUUUUGGAAACAUGGAAUUCGUUACCAGACACAUAUAACUGUUUGAAGAAGCUGGCUCAUGCUAUUUAAACAUAUUUUCAUCUACCUAUACCUGCGAGUCAUUAUUUUCAAAGAUAAAGACUCGGUUAGGAACCGUUUGACGAAUGACUCCCACUCAGCAAACCUUCUGUUAAAAGUAAACAAGCUUAAUAUAAGUUAUCUUCAUAUAACACAUAACUCGAACAGACUGCGUUGCAU